UUUUUGGAGCCGGGAACAUCACGCAUCACAUUCCACGUCCCACACCCAAGCCAACAACUCCGGCAUGCUCCGCUCUGCGAACCAGCUAGCCUCCUCGGGAUGCCGCGUGGGGCGCUCCCUGGCUUCCCGUGCCCAGCUCGGUGCUUCUCCUUCAGCGUUUCAGCCGCCCGUGCUCGCCGGCAGGCAGGCGGGGCUCUGUCGCACACACAUGAAUAUCUCGCGUAGUUCGAUAACCAACACCUCGGCAUUUCAUCGUGCCGGGCACCACCACCAUAUCGCUGCGGCGUGCGGUGCUUCUGUGUCGAUGUCCCGUCGAGGCCUUCCCGUUGGUGCUGGGAAGUCGCGGCUGGCAGGCUUUGGAGACCUGGACCUUACCAUGGCAACAACGCGAGGGAUUCUGACGGGUCCGUUCAGCGGUCCGUUCAGCCCCGGAUCGACCUCGUCGCCGAAGCCGCCGCAGGCGUUGCCCUCCAGGGAAAAGCCGGCCUUGAUCAACCGUUACAUCGAACCGCCGGAAGACGGGCUGACGCGCUACCCGACCUUCCGCUCGCCUCAGGGGGUGUUGCGGGGACUGGAUUACUUGGGCACGACGGUGUUCGCCAUUUCGGGCACCGUGACUGCAGGGCAUGUGGGCAUGGACCUCCUCGGGUGCAUCAUCGUGGGGACCAUCACGGCCACGGGAGGGGGCACCGUGCGUGACAUGCUUCUCGGCAACACCCCCGUCUUCUGGAUGCACGAGACGGAGUACCUGUGGAUGUGCCUCGCAACAUCCGUCGGCGUCUUCUUCCUCUGGUCCUAUCUCGCGGAAAGAGGUGUCCGGAAUGACAUGGCGCUGCUCAACUGGGUGGACGCGAUGGGGGUUGGGGCGUUCUGCUGCAUCGGGGCCCAGGCCGGCGUGCGCAAGGGCUUGUCAAACGUGGUCUGUGUGGCGUGCGGCAUGCUAACAUCGACGUUCGGGGGCGUGAUCCGGGACGUACUCUGCUCGCGCCCACCCAGGAUCCUGUUCUCGCACUGUGAGAUCUACGCCUCCACCGCCGUGCUGGGGUCUGCCGUCUACAUCGCCACCAAAGCGGCGGGUCUUCCCCCGGUCGUGCGAAUCAUGAGCGGUUUCCUGUCGGCAGUCGCCCUCCGGGUGCUGGCCUUCACGACGGACAUCAGGCUGCCCAUCUGGACACAGCCUUCGAGGGCCGUUAUUGGAGAGGAACAGCUGGAGGAGGUGGAGGCCGAAAGCGAGGCCAAGAAGAUUCACUUGGGGGGUGAUUGACAUGAUUGAUGAUCAUCGACGAUCAUGAUCAUCGUCACCAUGAUCAUCGUUGUCCUCGGGAUUCGACACUUGGGGAUGAUGAUGAUAGUCUACGAUCAUGGUCAUCGUCGUCAUGGAUCGAUGCCGAGCUUGGUUCGUUGGAUCUUCUGGGGUCGACAGCCUCAUCAUGGCUCUGUUUGCUCUUCCUUUUUGCCUGGGGGGGCGGUGGGGGGUAGGGGGCGGAGAUAACACGAGCGGCAGGGAAGGCUUUCCGAUGGAAGACCAUUGGGGGGAUGGGAGUGGCGGCGGCCCGCGAGCGAGGCUGAGGUGGAUCGAUACAACAAGUGGAGAGCUUGAUUAGUUUUGAUCAUUUUGUUUUCGGGUUGCACGACAUGGCGGAAAUCUCGCUAACAACACAAGAGACGUACAACGAGGUGGGGCCAGAGAGAAAGGUCGCAAAUGCGAUUGGUUUUGAUGGUUAGCUUAUGGUGAUGCAACGACAGGCUGGUGCCGGGGAGGAAAGACGGGUCGGGGUCAUGGUUGCCGUGUCAUGUACCGGUACGCUUGAGAUGGUGGCCCCGCAGGAAGAUCUCGAAAUCGAUGCUCCUCCGAUGUUUCCUCCGAAUCACCAACUCCAUGCAUAUGGGAUGCGACAUGGCUUGGUUUGUAGUGGUCAGAGAGCGGCACAGCUGUGGGUGGGUGUGUUUUUAUAUGGACUGGGGGAUGGAGGGUUGGGGCAGUACUGCUGUACCGCUGUACCCUUCGCAACGAUAUUAAGAUUGGUUUUAGUAGGGGGUACGGGGUGGAGGGUUGGGGGCUAGGGUGAGGGAUGAGGACACGAAACCCCCCUCUCUAUUUCGUAAAUUAUGAAUGAAAUCCUCUCGAAGGCGGUCCGGUUGGGGGGAGGGUGGGGGGGGGGGCUGCAGAUGUGUACUCAUGCCUCCUNGGGGGGGGGGGGGGGGGGGGGGGGGGGGGGGGGGGGGGGGGGGGGGGGGGGGGGCUGCAGAUGUGUACUCAUGCCUCCUUUGUUUUUUCUUCUUUGGUUGUACGCCCCCUAGGCCAGCGCGUCUUCAGGCGGGGACGGACGGGUGGAAGAGGGGAAAUCCGUUUUUCCCCCCGACACUCUCUGCCUUGCUCACGUCUGGCCAGUGAACGUGGCUCGUUUCGUUGUGUUCAAGAAAUUUUGGCGUUGGUUGACGUACGUAAGUGUAGGCAGACUAUUGAAUAGUCGAAACCCUUCCAAGUCUUCUUUGAUGUUCUUGGUCAAAGCCUACCGUGGUGGUCUCAGCCGAUCGAUGUGCAUGUAUAGAUCGUGGUUGGCAAGCGUCGAUCUGGGCAUGCCGCUCGAUUUCGGCGUCUCUGUAGUCGCUGUGUGUGCGUAGCAAGUCACGCGAUGCAGUUUUCUCUGUACCGUAGUGUCGCCGCUCUGUAAAACGAACAACAACGAUGGGUUUCGAGUAGCAGAGCGGAAUUGGGGUAGGGAGGGAUCGACUUUGCUUGAUGGUUAUCAUGUUGUAAAUAGGAGGCUGGGCAGAAUGUGUGCUGGUCAGAGCUAUCGCUCCAGUAAGUGGUGAGAUGUUGAUGCAUGGACAUGCACGAAGCCCGGGCAAAUCAUUCGCAACCGCGCUUGGUUGUGGUAUCGGUGUUAUACAUUAUUUUUGUUAUUCCGUGUUCCGCUUUGUGUUUUUCUAGUUUAUUUACAGGGUUGGUUGCAGUACGUCGAUAUUAAUUUGUGUUCCAGCAUACACAGCGUUGUUCGCUUUUUUAUUGUCUUCCCUACAAUAUAUUCAAAGAUGCCCGUUAUUCCUCGGUUUGACUAUCCUUUUCGGUUGUCGCCCAUUCCUCGUUUUGGCUAUCCUUUUCGAUUGUCGCCCAGUUCAUGACUUUGUUUUUGUUGUUUUUUUUUCCCUCUCUCUCAAAGAAUCAAAGAGAGUCGGUUCGCUGAGCGAGCAUUCAACAUUCAACGCCACGUUCUUUCGCAAUGGAUGACCUACAAUCACAACCAAUCUCGUCUGUCGGUGCGCGUGUUCUCCGUGAACCAGCCCAGAAGAGAGAUCGGUCGCUGUUUGUUGAGAAAAACGCGUUUAUUUUUCCUUGUGUUUGUGUCUCAGAGGGCGUCUGUCUGUUAUAACGGUCUGGCAGGGGAAACUAUGCAUCCAUGAGUGUUUUUUUCCCUCUUUUUUUCUUAAUAUUUUGCACCGCGAACCUAUCUAUAUCCACGGACAAGAGUCGGGAAUAAUCAACAACAAAUCAAUAGCGUUAGCGAAGCGCUACCAGUGUUCUACGGUGUCCACUACGCUUUCGUUCUUUUCCCUACCAAAACGUAGCAAAAUACGUUGCAUGUGUGUGUGUUUUGUGUGUUUUCGUCCUAUUUAUUAUGGCGACAGUCCCCCCAUUUUUCGUGGUGAGACGUGUACUACACUUUUCAGCGUAUGUAGAGUACUACAAUUUUCAGUGUAAUUUUUUCGUACAACUACAACCAUCCAGGGUCACACAGGAGGGGGUAAACACCAGGGCUUUUUCUUUUUUUUUCUUUUCAUGCCCCACCUUCCUCCUGCGGUGCGUGCUGAAUUUUAUUUUUGUCGCGAGAAGGUCCAGCCGUCCCUUUCCCUCGUCAACGGUGCUAACGUCGAAGUUUGGUACUCACGGGAGCUUUUUAGCUAUAUGUCGCUUUCACCCGCAAAUGUCGUAAUUUUUUCAC